CACCUCUGGGGAACACAGACUGUUUCAGAUAAUCUCUUUCCUAGUCCUGUCCGACGACGUCAGGCCUACAGGCUGUGUGCCUGGGCUUCCCGGGACUGGCUGGGGUCUGAGGAGGACCCAGCCAGCUACAGGAUGAGGCUGGUCACCAGCUCCUUGAUUCUGUGGCUCAGCCUGGGGGGUGGCCUGGCACAGAGCCACACCAGCCCUGACACCAGCCCUGACACCAGCCCUGAUGCAGAGGAGUCCUAUUCAGACUGGGGCCUCCGGCACAUCCGAGGCAGCUUUGAAUCUGUCAAUGACUACUUUGACUCCUUUCUGGAGCUGCUGGGAGGGAAAAACGGAGUCUGUCAGUACAGAUGCCGAUAUGGAAAGGCACCAAUGCCCAGACCAAACUAUAAGCCUCAGGAGCCCAAUGGCUGCAGCUCCUACUUCCUGGGUAUAAAGGUACCAGAAAGUAUGGACUUGGGCAUUCCAGCAAUGACCAAGUGCUGCAACCAGCUGGAUGUCUGUUAUGACACUUGCGGUGCCAACAAGUAUCGCUGUGAUGCAAAAUUCCGAUGGUGCCUCCACUCUAUCUGCUCUGACCUGAAGCGGAGUCUGGGCUUUGUCUCCAAAGUGGAAAGCCAUGAAUGCUCAUUGACCUUUAUGGACCACUGAACCAUGCAAGAAAGGCCGAGGGGGGUGCUGGGCACUCGUUCGCUGACGCUCUUGCUGUCUUGCCCAGGAGCUGCUGGCGCCACUCCUGAUGGAUGGGGCCACACCAGAGCCUUCCCAGAGAUAUAAAAACUUAUUCAUUAAAGUGGAGAAAGAGUUGCCCAGUUGGCUUUAGCUAUCCAUUCCACUGUUAAGUAAUUUUCCAUAAAAGGAAUUAUUCUGUAUGGGACCACUUGGUUGUUUUCUUAUUUUGUUCUCAGUCAGAGAACACACUUUUUAAAAACCAAUUUUUGAGUGUGUAAAUGUCUAUACAUAUACUUGAGGAUAAUUAUUUUUAAACAGCUGCUUAGCUCUCCAAUUUCUAACACUGAUUCUGUAAUUUCUUUUUCCUAAUUCACUUUAGGAAAAACAUUAAUCCCUUAGCUUCAGAAGCUAGAACAUUACAUCUGGGUAUUAGCAUUAUAUAUAUAUAUAUUUUUUUUUUCGAUGGUGAUGUUUGAAAGUCUGGCUUAUAAAAAGCUGACCCUGUACCACUGAGAAGGUCAGUAGGAAAGAUUGAGAUCUCGUUUAAAGAUCCAUGUUCAGAGUGUGGUCCUUUCAUCUGUGAGGGCCUGAAAACACAGGUGGUUGACUAGGCUCUGAGAGAGGGAGUAGCACUGUCUGCACCAGCAAAGGGUGGGAGGUGCUUGCUGCUAACCCAGGGUCAGGCCAAGUUACUUUCUUCAAGCAACGUCCUAUUGGUUGUUUCUCCUAAAUACCUCUGAAAACUUACUACAAAUUAACGCAAUCUCUGGGUCCCACCAAAUCUAUUCUCCCCAUAGAGACCAGAUAUAUUUUUAUACCAUAUAAAUCUGGUCCUCUUCCUCUUCCUUAGGAUUAAAUCCAAACUCCUUACUAUAACAUACAUAUGUUCAUCUUGAGCCUACCUCUUCAGCACCAACUUGCUUAUUUCUGAUUUCUCUCCUGACUUUUGCUUUCCAAACAACUUGGGUUGAUGGCCUGUAUCUCUCUGUGUCUGCAGUUCCUUCCACUUGGAACACUCUGAUCAUUCAUUUAUUAUUGUUGUUGAAACAGCUUUAUCAAUGGUGAAAAGCUAAAAGCUCUUUCUCUAAAAUCAGAAACAAGACAAGGAUGCCCACUCUCACCAUUUCUAUGCAACAUAGUAUUAGAAAUCCUAGCCAGAGCAAUUAUGUAAGAAAAAGAAAUAAAAGUUAAUCCAAAUUGGAAUGGAAGACAUAAAAGUCACUGUUUGCAGGUGACAUGACAUUAUAGAUAGAAAAACCUAGACUCCCCCCAAAACUGUUAAAACUAAUAAAUAAAUUCAGUAAAGUUGCAGGAUAUAAAACCAAUAUACAAAAAUCUGUUGCAUUUCCAUACACAAUAACAAACUAUUAGAAAGAGAAUUUUUUUUAAAUCCCAUUUACGAUUACAUCGAAAAGAAUAAAAUACCUAGGAAUAGAUUUAACCAAGGAGGUGAAGGACCUAUACACUGAAAACUAUAAGACAUUGAUGAAAGAAAUUGAAAAAGACACAAAUAAAUAGAAAGAUAGUCCAUGCUCAUGGAUUGGAAAAUUGAUAUUGAUGUCCAUACUGCCCAAAUGAAUCUACAGAUUGAAUGCUAUCCCUAACAAAAUCCUAAUAGAAAGUGUUCUGAGAUGCCUUCCAUAGCAAUCCUUACCUUUAAAGGGAUAGAGACCCCUACUAUGGGCUCCUAUACCACCUUGGGGUAACUUCAAUUGCGGCAUAGUAUAACCACCUCUUCACCUGUCUAUCCCGUCAUUCUCUUUUUCCAAACUGUGAGAUAUUUGAGUUGGGGUCCCCUUGGUCUCUGUAACCCUGAUGCCUGACAGAGUGGCCGGCCAGAGUAUCCAAUAGGCAUGUCUGUUUUUCAGUGCGUAAAUGACUACUCACCUCACACUUGAACAGGGAUAGCUACAGGAAACACAGUAGUGUUAUCUGAGCAAGUGUUCUGCAAAAAUGACAAAUUUUCCACGAAGUGAGCAUAGUGGUGUGGAAGACUCUGAUGACUAACCAUGAUUUUGACCUAGAGGCCCAUGAAAGGAGGGCACCCCAAAGUGUAUUCUGCUCUAGUAGAUUAGAUGGAAGCUUCUCUGAAAAACCUUCUUUUCAAUGUAUGCUCUUCCUUUAAUUCUGUAUUUGGAUCUUACUUCUACUUUCCUCUGGGUAUGAUGUCAAACUUGGAAAGACACUGCCUUUUUAAAAUUACUCAUAUUGCUUGGGGGUAGUUCUGUGUAUUAACUUUUAUGCUUCUCUACAU